CAGAGACAGCGUGGGCGGGCCAGGUUCGCCCCCGGACAAAGCGCAGGCGCCCCUCACGGUCUGCGCACACGCUGGUGUACGCGCGCGAGGCGACGGUGGACAGCGGACUCCGUCCCCGGCCGGUCUGCGCGCCCAGCUCCCGCCGCCGCAGGAGCCUCAAGCGGAGACGCCCGCCCAGCCGCCCGCCGCCUACCUGGCGCGGCCCGGGGGUGCCGGGAUCCCCGCGUCCCCGAGGCUCCGCCCCGCAGUUCCCGUCACGUGCCGCCGCGCCGCCCAAUCAGCGUCCGCAGCGCACAGGCUCGCGAUUCAAACUGCGGCGCCGCCGGCUCGCUGGGAUCGGCGCUGGGGCGGCCGCCGCCGCCGCAGCUGCGUACCGGCCAUGGAGCACCGCAUCGUAGGGCCCGGUCCGUACCGGGCCACCAAGCUGUGGAAUGAAACAGUUGAGCUUUUUCGUGCUAGGAUGCCCUUACGGAAACAUCGCUGUCGUUUCAAAAGUUAUGACCGUUGCUUCACGGCGGCCGAAGCUGUGGAUUGGCUGCAUGAGCUCUUGAGGUGCAGUCAGAACUUUGGCCCUGAAGUGACCCGCAAACAAACAGUUCAGCUGCUGAAAAAAUUCCUCAAGAAUCAUGUUAUUGAAGACAUCAAGGGAAAAUGGGGUCAGGAAGAUUUUGAAGACAAUCGUCACUUGUACAGAUUUCCUCCUUCCUCACCCCUGAAACCAUAUCCAAAGAAGCCUACAUACCAAAAGGAUGUUAUUAAAUUUCCGGAAUGGAAUGACCCCCCACCAAGCACUUCACAAGAAAACAUCCCAGUGAGGCCAGUUGUGAUGACCUCCGAGAUGUGGUACAAGCGGCACAGCAUCGCCAUCGGAGAGGUGCCGGCUUGCCGUCUCGUCUGCCGCAGGCAGCUGACAGAGGCGAACGUAGAAGAGAUAUGGAAGUCCAUGACAUUAGCAUAUUUACAGAAAGUCCUUGGCCUGGAUUCUUUGGAAGAAGUCUUAGACAUUAAACUGGUCAACUCCAAGUUCAUCAUCCAUAAUGUGUAUAGUGUGAGCAAGCAGGGAGUUGUCAUCCUUGAUGACAAGUCAAAAGAGCUUCCUCAUUGGGUACUGUCAGCUAUGAAGUGUUUGGCAAAUUGGCCUAAUUGUUCAGAUUUGAAGCAGCCUAUGUAUUUAGGAUUUGAAAAAGAUGUCUUUAAAACUAUAGCGGAUUACUAUGGUCACUUGAAAGAGCCUCUACUAACUUUUCAUCUUUUUGAUGCCUUUGUAAGUGUAUUAGGUUUGUUACAGAAAGAGAAAAUGGCUAUUGAAGCAUUUCAGAUUUGCUGCCUCCUCCUGCCACCUGAAAAUAGGAGAAAGCUACAGCUCUUGAUGAGGAUGAUGGCAAGGAUAUGCCUAAAUAAGGAGAUGCCACCACUGUGUGAUGGCUUUGGGACCCGAACACUGAUGGUUCAGACAUUUUCCCGUUGCAUCUUGUGUUCCAAGGAUGAAGUAGAUUUGGAUGAGUUAUUAGCUGCUAGGUUGGUGACAUUUCUGAUGGACAAUUACCAAGAGAUUCUGAAAGUCCCUUUGGCCUUGCAGACCUCCAUAGAGGAGCGUGUGGCUCAUCUACGAAGAGUCCAGGCCUGCUCUGAGGAAAGCCAGCCGCCCUGUGUGAGCUGCCCUACGGAGAGGCCCCUCAGGCAAGAAACUCCUGUCUGCCUACUAGCUAGUGAGGAUACGAGGCCUGCCAACAGCUGUAUGAUCUUGGAAGUGGAUAUUCUGAGGCCUGCCCGCCGCCACGUGAGUGAUCUUGGAAGCACAUUCUCUCAGUCAAGCCUUGAGGUGAAGGCAGCCUUAGCUGACACCUUGACGGCAGCCUGGGACAGGCCCUGAGCCAAAGGACUCAGCUAAGCUGUGCCUGGAUUCCAGAGCCACAGAAACCGUGAGGUGGUAAAUAUUGGUUGUUUCUAGCCACUUAGUUUUGGGGUAAUUUGUUAUGACGCGAUAGAUACAAUACACUUAAUUCUUAUUCCCUCCCUUACUCCCUCCUUCCCUUCGUCCCUCCUUUUAUCCUUCCCUCCGUCAUUUUUUUUAAUUAUUAUAAAAUGUCACUAUCUCUGGUAAUGCAUUUGUUUGCAGUCUUUUCAUUUUGUUAUAUUUUAGUUGUGUCCCUUAUAAACAGCAUAUGGUUGGAUUAAUUAUUUUUUUAAGAUGCCAGCAUGACAAUUUUUGUUUCUAACUGUAAUGUUUAGACAAAUUAUAUCUAAUAUAAUUACUCUAUAUUUAGAUACAAAUAUUUAUCGAUGUUUUAUAGCUCUUUGUCUCCACUUCCUUGACUUAGAAUUUUACAAAUCAUUUCAUGUUUUCUCCUACUAAUUUGAAACUAAACACUGUUUCUAAUCUUCCUUUUGGGUCCUUGAAAAUUACAUCUUAUAUACUAAUUUAUCAAAGUUUAAAGUUAGUAAAUACAUUUUACCCUCCUCUCAGACUGUUCAGGGACCUUAAAGCACUAAUAACACUCCCCCCCCCAAAACAGAUAAUGUUCUGUGAUGUAUUUUAAUUUCAUUGUUUUUAAACCUCAUACUAUGUUGUUUUUAUAUGUAACCCUUGUUUAUUAGACUUACCCAUAUUUUACCACGUUUUUCCUUCUUCUGAGAGUACAUUCUUUAGAAUUUAUCUUCGGUGUGUGCUGGUUUUUGUCUGAAAACUUUUUAAUUUGGCCCUUACUCUUUUUUUUAAAAAUAGCUUUAUUGAAAUGUAAUUCACAUACUAUAAAAUAACCCAUUUAAAGUAUAUAAUUCUGUGGCUUUUGGUAGGUUACAAUUUUAAUUUUUUAAGUUGUGAUUAAAUAUAUAUAAAAAAAUUUGCAUUUUAAUCAUUUUUAAGUGUAUAAUUCUGUAUAAAGAACACCUUCAUUCUCUACAGAUAUUUCUGCUAUUUAUAGAAUUCCAGGUGGAGGGUUAUUGUAUUUCAGUACAUUGUAGGUAUUCCUUUGUUAGCUGGCUUCCUUUGUUACCUCUUUGUAGAUAACAUGUCAUGUUUUGGCAGGCUGCUUUUUAAGAUUUUCUCUUUGUCUUUGGUGGUCUGUGGUUUACAAUGACAUACCUAGUUUAUAUAAUAUACUCUUUAAAUGAUCAUUCUGCUUGGUAUUUGU